AUGGAUUCUAGUGAUCCUACUAGGAUUGAAGAUACUGAUGAUAGAAAAGCAAAAAAUAGACUUAAACAAACAACAACAUAUAAUUUCAAUGAUUUAGUUGGUGGAAUAAUUAAUGAAGCUAAAGAAGAAUUUAGGUCUAGUAAAUUAGCCAAUGAUAUUUGUAAUUUAAUACCUGAUGAAGAAGACGAUGAUUACAAUAAAGGAAAUGAAUUAGAAAAAAAUGAAGAACAUGGAACAUUAUCAUUAGAUGACGAAAACAAUGUAGAAGAAAAUUUUAAAAGCAAUUACCCAUCAGAUAUACCUUUAUCAAUGGAAGCAACAAUAAAGAAUGGUUCCCAUGCCAUAACAACAAUUGCCUUUGAUAAUCACGGGACAAAAUUCUGUACAGGUGAUCUUAAUUGUGAAGUAAAAAUGUAUGAUUUUACAAAAAUGGAUACACAUUUUCAUUCAGAAAGAACUAUAAAUCCUUGUGAAAGACAUAUAAUAAAUAGUGUUUCAACUUCAAACAAUGGAGAAUAUACUUUGAUUUGUAGUACAAAUCCUGUCAUUUAUAUUAUUGACAGAAAUGGUUCCAUGUUUGGAGAGACAGCUCGAGGAGAUAUGUAUCUAGUUGACAUUAAACAAACAAAAGCUCACACAACAUCUGUUAACUAUUGUUGUUGGAAUCCACUAGUUAAAGAAGAAUUUUUAACAUGUUCAGGUGAUGGAACUUUAAGAAUCUGGAGUAUAGAAGAUUGGAAAGAAUUAUCUAAAUGUAUAAAUAAACAAAGACAUGUUAUAAAAAUAAAAACAGCUUCUAAUAGCAAAAUAAUUCCUAAUGUUUGUGGAUACUCAAAAAAUGGAAAAUUGAUUGUAGCUGGUUGUGAGGAUGGUAGUAUUUUCAUAUGGAAAAAUGGAAAAGUUUUUGUUGCACCAAAUUAUUCAAACAAAUCUGCUCAUUCUGAUUGUAUAACAUCAUUGGACUUUUCUCCUGAUAGUACUAAAUUAGUAACUAGAUCUAAGGAUGGUACUCUUAAAUUAUGGUCUAUUAAUAAAUUAGCAAAACCUGAAUAUGUUGUUGAGGAUCUUCAAAAUGACCAACAAUAUAUUGAUUGUGGUUUUAGUCCUCAUGGAAAUUAUAUUUUUACUUUAUGUUCUGAAUCUCAAAAAGGUAAAGGAGGAUCUUUGAAAAUAUUUGAUACAUCACUUAACUUAUUAGUUACUAAACAAUUAUCUAAAGAUCCAACCAGAGCUCAAUGGCAUCCAAAAAUAAAUCAAAUAUUGAUAGGUUUUACAGAUGGUUCUUUAACAAUUUAUUAUGAUAUCAACAUUAGUAUUAAGGGUGUUCUUGAAUCAUUAACAAGAAAAGCUAAAAAACCAAGUAAAAAUGCUGUUGUUCAGAGCGAUGUAAUUUUAGCUCCAUUAACUUUAGAUUACUUCCAACCUCGAAAUGAGGAUGAUGAAGAAAAAGAAUUAACUGAAUGGAGAAUUAAGAAAGCCUUAAAAUUAGGUACAAAUAUGAAGAAACCAACAUUUAUAACGGCAAAUUAUGAUCCACAAUCAGUAUCAAAUAAAACUGGUGGUACUCUUCAUUCAUAUUUAGCACGUAACAUGGGAAUGGAUAGGAAUAAAGAAUUAAGACAAAAUGAUGAUAUUAGAGGUUCCAUUCUUAAGCAUGCUGAAGCUGCUGCCAAAAAUCCUAUUUUUACAGGUCCUGCAUACUCAAAAACUCAACCUAAAACUAUAUUACAAAGAUCUCAUGAAGAGGAAGAUGAUCAUGUUGUUCCAACAAAAGUUAAAAAAUAUGGUGAAUAA